AUAACAGCCGCAAUCAUGGGCGAUAUGAUGAAUGCGCCUGCCCCUUCCUCAAAGCCCAGAACCCCAAACCGGACCACCAACCCCAUCGCCAUCGCCAUGGCCGGCGGCGAGAAGCUCCUUGUCCAAGAGUCCACUGUCCCAGUCGUUUCCAGCGCCACCGACCCGUCACCCCCCGCCGUUCGACUGGCCCACUUCCUCCACCCCCGCGCGGGCGGCGCCCAGCGCCCCCCUCUACCCUCUCCGCCCAGCAACGCCGGCCCUAUUCUCGCCGACGGGCUCCAGGUCGAGUUCAAGGGCUGGGCGGAAUCUCCAAAUCUGUGGACGCGGUGGGUCGCCAAGCUCCGCCCGCGGUGCGAGCCCCUGUGGCGGAAGCUUGGGAUCCAGGACGCCGUCCUGGCGACCACCUACCGGGUGCGGCGCGACGAGGGCGCGAUGCUUCAGCUCGCCGCCAUCUGGUCCGCCGAGACCAACACGUUUGUGUUCCCCUGGGGGGAGGCGACGGUGACGCUGGAGGACGUGGCCGUGCUCGGGGGGCUGCCCUUGCUCGGCAGGCCUGUGCGCGCGUCGCUCAAGGGCGCGCCUCGCGAGGAUGUGGAGGCGCUCGAGGGCGUCCGCCGCGCGCUCUACCGGAGCGACAGCCAGAAACCCGACCACCGCGCGUGGGCGAUGCCAUUCCUCGAGCCCUCGCCAGGAGAGGGGCCCGCAGCGGGCGACGGUGACGCCGCCGGGUUAUUAGAGCACGGGGCGUUCCUGGCCAUGUGGCUGUCGCUCUUCGUGCUGCCGGCGCCGCCGUUCGACGUGGUCCGGGCGGAGGUCCUCCCUAUCGCUGCCCGGCUGGCGCGCGGCAGCUGCGUUGCGCUCGGACCUGCUGCUCUCGCCAGCAUCUACAGGGACCUCUCCGCGCUGAACCGCUACAUCAAUUUGGACAAGAGAUACCAGCCGUUCGUGGGGUGGGCGCCGCUGCACAUCCUCCAGCUGUGGGUCUUGGCCAGGUUCCCGGAGCUUCGCCCUGAAAUGGCAACCACUCUUGACCUCGUUGCUCGUCACCAGCCUUGGGCUGCCCGGUGGCAUCGAGUCCACAAGGUAACUGACACCAUAGAUGUUCACAGAGUGUUCAUGUCGCCAAGGGAGUUUGAGUGGAGGCCCUAUGGAAGAAGCACCUUUGCUCCGUCUCCCAAGAAGAGUUGCUCUUGGGUUCAUGGCCGGGACAUGGCAAGAAGUAUACAACUGCUAUCCUUUGCGCAGUGUCUGCGUGCUUGUGAACUUGUAGGCAUGCGCUGCAUUGAGCAGUACAAUCCUCAUCGUGUUGCAAGGCAGCUUGGCUUCGACCAGGACGUGCCUGGGUCUGUUGCCCGUGUCAACUCAGACUGGAAGAUUGCUUGGGGAACAUACUUUAUGGAGCCUAGAAAUUUCGCCUUCAUCGUUCCACAGUAUAUGCUGGCUGUGACGUUUGAGUAUGCACAAUGGUGGAAGCCGUAUGCUUUUGGGUGUGAUACUUCCAUCGACAACAAUGUAAAUUUGAAAGAAUUUCCUGUUUUAGUUAGCCCAAGGGACAAAAACAUGGAGGUGCUUCAUGAUGGUAAUUCGGGCAAGAAGCAGCAUGUGCAACCAGGGAUGUCUCCGCCAGAUACUUUCGAGGUAUUUUUUUCGAGAUUAAAUACUUUCGAGGUUUCACAGACUGAUAUCCCUCUUGUUGAAAAACUCGAUGGCCUGGACACUAUUCAGGUUACCGUGGAGCAUCUUGCGGAAGGUGCCGAGCCAGCACAAAUUGCGAAUGAUUCGGCCCUGAGAUGUGUAAGAAAGGGCACAAAAACAAGAAGUGUGAAACAAGCUUCACCUGAUGUGAAGGCAGUCUUGGUGAGUGCAGUUGAUGAAUCAUCUAGGGUGUCGGUCAUGGAACAAGGCUUGCCUCGUAAACACCGUAAAGUUGAAGCACCUAAUGUCUUCACUAAACAGAAUAGCAGCUCAGAACAUGGUGAAGUAGCUUUCCGUCACCUUGUCAAGCGAGCAGUAAACACAACCAACAGAAAGGCUAUUGGGGCAACUGUAGGUCAUGUGCAGCCAAGUGUUGAAGACAUCGUGGUGAUCCUUGAUGGAGAGUUUGACGAAUCAGUGGGCAAGGAACAUGAGGUGGGUGCAACUGUAGGUCAUGUGCAGCCAAGUCUUGAAGACAUCAUGGUGAUCAGUGAUGAAGAGUUUGAUGAUUCAGUUGGCAAGGAACACGAGGUGGGUGCAAUGCCGAUGGAAGGUAAUGAAAAAGCUAAUAAAGAUGCAUCAGCAUUAAACCAACAAUCAGAUACCCUUAUGGAAGAUUGCAUAGUGGUCAACAGGAAGAGCUCAGGAAACAAUAAGAUGUAUUCUAGCAAUCCAGUAGAUGCAAAUCCUGAACUUGGUAAGAGGGUUUCAACUAAAACACUUUACUACCUUAGACCAAUUAGGCCCGUGAAAGAUGCUCAGGAAAGAGAUGCAACUGGAAAGAAUACGGAUCAAAGAGCUUACCUACCAAGACGUGAAGUUGGGACGAGGGAAAUGAUUGAAGACGCUUCUGCUGCUCGAGAAGCUGAAAAGGUUGCGUUGCAAAAAGUAAUUGAUUCUCUGAAGGAAGAGAUUGCAGCAGCACAGGCACGGUUGAGGGAUAGAAGCCCCUCAAAAAGUUGAGGUGUGACUCUAGUUGGUACAGUCUGUCCAUGUGGUGAAACCGACAUACGCAUCCGGGGAGAGAGGGAGGGAGGAUGGAUGAAUGCUCCAAGGCUGGCAAAGAAGGAACAUGACUAUCUACGAGGCAGCGCCUGCAGACAUUAAGCAUUGGUCGGCACCUGUUGAUGGGUGCGGCCAUCUCGUACGUUUAGUGCUGCUCACAUGACGUAGUGAGGUUCAUACGGUUCAUGUGGUUGUGUCUCACAACCGAAAGUACUCACAUCUUACUGACACAAAAUGGUUUUCUUCCUGCAGUUCUGGAAGGAUCAAUGACCAGACCCAGAGGUUGAAAUUAGGGUAUGCACAAAGGAGAGUAAAAAUUAGCAGUAGUGGUAGAUGGUAAUGCUAUCUGUAGUUCUGUGUUCUGCUUGAUGGCUUUAAUGAAAAGCUGGCCCUGUUUGGCUGUUUGCCUUUCGUGCAUGAGAUAACAAGAGCUUUGUGCUGAGAAUGACAUUGUCAUACAGAUAUAAGGACAGCUCCUUUUCAAAAAAAGAAAAAAAGAUACAAGGACAGCUUAUGCUUAGAAACUGCAAGUUAACAAGCUAGGUGCAUAUGUGUUUUUGAUAUUAUUAUGAUAUCAUGAUUGCUUGGAUCAGCUUACUAAUGAUUUACCUGAACGUUCUGUUGUAUUUAUGAAAUUCUACCUUAGUCCAUGUUUAUUACUAAUUUUGUUUUCAAUUGUGAGUCUUUUUCCAAGCCUCAUGUAAAGCUGGGGUCACUGUGAAAUGCUAAUUCUCUCUUGAACUGAUUGCACAAAUUGAUGCUGCUCGUCCUCACUGCUUUAUUAGGAUUUGUGACUACUGAUGAAGUUCAUGUAUAACUGUAGCAUGUGAGAAAUUGCUCUCUGAGCUUUUAUCAGAUAGUGGUAACCUCUUUGUCUAUUUUAACUAGCAGCAUGUUUCGGAAUGAUGUUGUCUGGUUGAUGGACCAAUUAUAUGCUGUCAUUCUCUUCAGUGCUCAUGUUGAUCAGGGUACCAUUUCAAACAUUAGAACUAUCUUUCCUGUUCCUUCCAUGGAUGCAAAUCUACCCAUCUUCUCAUUCCCCCUGCCAAGAACAGGACAGUUGCCUACAACUUUGUGCUUCAUAAAUCCAUGGUUAAGCUUCCAGAAUAUAAAUCUGACAUUCUCUCUCAUGCGUCUAUAUUGGAGCUUAUUAGAUCUGUCUUCUCGGCUAUCCCUGUUUAUUACAUGUCUAAUAUCAUGUUCACUAAGAAGUUUAUUGCUACCAGAAGCCUUUGUCUUAGGGCUUAGGAAGAUAUUUGCACUCCAAAGAAAGAGGGAGGGCCGGCAUUAGAAAUCAUCAGGCCAUCAUCAAGGUCUCAUUUUGGCUUCGGCCUGGAGAACUGCAAAUUCUCCAAUUCCCAACUACACCUUUGUUCUUGAAUCAAAAUAUUUCCGGGACUCUUCUUUUUGGACUACUAGUUCAAAUGCUCCAGAGUCUGCCUUUUGGGCCUCCAUCCUAAAGUUGCUUCCUGAGCUCAAGGCUCAUUCUUUCUACCCCCUCCGUUUUUUAUACAAGCCCACUUAAUAUUUUUAUGUCUACCUUUUACAAUUAGUUCUACCAAUAAAUGUGAGUUGUAUUCCACAAAAAGCAUGUCAUUGGAUGCACAUUUCAAAGAACUUUCCAACGAUCUAACAUUUAUGACGUAUAACCCAUAUUUUGUUGACCAAAAUUAUAAGUCAAAGUUUGACAGAAAAAACGAAUGGCCUUGUAUACAAAAACGGAGUAUCAUAUCAUAUCGCACAAGGUAAUCUUUCAAUUUGGAGCACCCCUUGGUGCCCACCCUGGACCAAUAUGCACAACCAUCUUAUUAUUCGGCCUGCCAAUUCUAUUUAUCCUGCUCAGGUUAAACUGUUAAUGACCUUUGGAUCCCAGCACACAAAGCUUGGAACAAUGAGCUUGUUAGUUCUCUUUUUGAGGAACCAACAACCACUACUAUCCUACAAACUAAAAUAAUUCUUGAAGAUUGUGUCUCCAGGAACUUCAAACUCAACCAAGCAAUCAACCCAGGCAAGUCGCUCAUCUUGGAGAUUACUUCACAAAGCUCUUCCCACAGGUUUGAGAACAGGUCGCUUCUUGGUUCAUACUGCUAAACAAUGUUGUUGUUGCAACCUUGAUGAAGAUGAAAUACAUUUAUUCUUUAACUGUAAUUUUGCUAGAGCUCGUGGUUUGCUCAUCCAUGGUACCUUAGGACUAAUAUUCUUACUGAAGAUCAACAAUCUAUGCAGAAAUUUUUCCAAGUGUUGCUUAAUAUGAAUCACCCAUAUGCAUCUAUUCCAAUAUUUUUAGUUUCUCUGGCGCAUAUGGAAACCUAGGAAUUAUUGUCUCUUUGCUAGGAAAUUUGCUGAUCCUCAUCAGAUCUUUCAUUCUGCUGCUGCCCCUGCUGACAUUAGCUUAAUUCAUUUUGUUUCUCCUCAGAAAGCAAGCUUGAAUUCACAGCAGCAAGAUACUCUAAUUCCUAGUAUUUUGCGCAACAAGGUUGUAUUAGAACUGACCUGCUUAUUUCAGGGCCUAAAUUUUUUCAGAUGCGGCUUUCAAAUGCUCUAAAAUUCCAGGUUUGCCGGCUGGGGCUGCAAAUUCAAAGGAGUGUACAAGUUCAAAUCCAAGCCUCCAUCCAAGGAGUGGAUAAUUAGGAAUUCUCUUGCCAAAUUCUACAUGACCACUCAAGAUCUGCAUUCGCAGGUGUUCCACAUAUCUAGGGAAAUUAACGGCAUAGCUCACAAUAUAGCUCAUCAGGUUGUAAGCACGUCUCUAGAACCUGUCUUCAGUUGUGCUCCGCUCAUGAUCAUAGCACUUGCCUUUUCUUAAAUCCCUCUUCUCUCUACCAUAAUUCUUGAAGGCAUUGUAUUUCAUGUUGUACACUGCUUUUGAGCUGAAUGAAUGUGGCGCCUUGGAUGCCUUUCACUGUUAAAAA